ACUGACCACUCUUCAAUUUCUUCCAAUAAAUUUUUUUAUAUUUUUUUUUUCCGUGAAACAUACAAAACAAGUAGACUUAAAAGUCAUGACGAAAAAUCUAUCGUUAUUCUCCUUUCCAUGCCUAAUUCUAAUCGUAUUCUACCAUUGCACCAUACCAUUUGCUCAGUCGUCGCCAGCGCAAGCCCCAUCGACGACUAAAAAUCACCCUUCUUCACAAUCCCCGGCUCAAGCACCGGAUCAACCUCUGGUCCAAGCGCCGCCUGCAAAACCCCGAAGAAGAGCAGAACCCACCAAUGUCACUGAAAUCCUCGACAAAGCUGGCGGUUUCAGCGUCUUCAUCCGCCUCUUGAGGAGUACCGACGUCAUUACUCAGAUCGAAAAUGACCUCAACGCUUCCAACAGCAUUACCAUUUUGGCUCCCACGAAUGGUGGAUUCUCGGCUCUCAAGGCUGGUACACUCAACCUUCUCUCUCAACAGCAAAAAGUGCAACUGGUUGACUUCCACGUCCUCCCAACCUUCAUAGCCCUACAGAACUUCCAAACCCUAACUAAUCCAAUUCACACUCAAGCUAGUAACACUCGUGACUUCGCUUUGAACAUUACUACUGAAGGGAAUUUGGUGAACAUAUCAACUGGCGUCGUGAACACAACGAUUUCGGGUACAGUUUAUUCGGAUAACCAGCUGGCUAUUUAUCGGGUCGAUAGUGUGCUGCUCCCGAUUAGUAUUUUUGCGCCCAAGGUGAGUGCUCCAGCUAUGGCCCCGGCACCAGUGGCGUUAAAGCCUAAGAAGGCGUCUUCUUCAUCUUCAUCAUCAAUAACAUCGUCAGGUUCACCAUCACCAUCAUUGUCAAAACCGUCAUCCGAGUCUACAUCAACCACAUUGGACGAGCCAGUUGCAGCAGUGGAUACAUCUGGUGCUCUUAAGCCCAUGGUAAAUCAUGGGACGUUGACCAUCUCCGUUGCUCUUGCUGUGGUCGCAGCAGUUGUCCUGAUGAGAAAUAACUAAUAAGUUUAAUUAAUUUGCUUGAGCAGAGUCAUGUCAUUAUCCUAAAAAAAAAAGAAAGCAAUGUUAAUUAUUAGAGAAAUAGUUGGACGCUUCAAAAAAUGAUUUUGAAUAAUGACCAUUGUAAUAAAAUACUUGCUAUAUAGUAUGUACAUUGAUCAUGCAAUCUCGAUUUGGUGACGAUAAUUAACCUCA